AGAGCGGGAUUAAUGGAGCAGGAGUUGUUGAGGAGGUUGUUGCAUGAUUACGACGUUGAUGCAAGGGGAGUCCUUGAUGUCUUGGAUCCCGUGGUUGUUAAGAUCCAACUUCUGCUGCUUAGAAUUCAUGGAUUGGAUGAACGAUCUCAAGUGUUGACAACGACAGGCCUUAUAAUCUGUGAUUGGGACGACGGUCGAUUGAAAUGGAACAGCUCGGAGUACGAAGGCAUCAGGGACAUCGUCAUCAAGCCAGAGAGAGUCUGGCUGCCUGAACUGGCACUCAUGAACGGAGCCGACGAACUCUCACCAGAUUUCCGCAAAAUUCGCAUUUUGGUUCAGCACGACGGCCACGUACAUUGGGAGCCUGGAGGUGUCUUCACGACGACUUGUGAUAUCGAUAUCAGGUACUUCCCGUUCGACGACCAAUCCUGUCCUAUCCAGCUCGGGGCAUGGGCUUAUUACAGCAGUCGGAUGAACAUGACGAACGCUUCGAGCGAGGUAUUAACUCACGAUUUCCGUUUAAACGGAGAGUGGGACAUCUACCACACGAAAGUGGAGUGGAAGGAAAAUGUUCUGCCCUGCUGUCCAAACACUCGCUACCCAUUCGUUGAGUUCACUCUAUUCCUGAAGCGUCGACACAUGUUCUACGUCAUGAACAUCAUCCUGCCCUGCACGCUCCUCUCCAUCCUGGUCAUGGUCGUCUUCUGCUUGCCGCCAGAUGCCGGCGAGAAAAUAUCGCUCGGUAUAUCGGUGUUGCUGGCAUUCACAGUGUUCCUGCUGAUGGUUGCAGAGAAUGUACCACGCACAUCCCUACACACUCCAAUCAUUGUUAUCUACCUGACCUGCACAAUGGCACUGGGCACAUUGUCGGUAUGUUUAACGGUCGUCAUUCUCAAUUUGCACCAUAGAGACGCUGAGCGUCCAGUUCCUAAGCUGCUCAGAUUGCUGGUACUCCACUGGCUGGCCACCAUCAUGAGAGUUCAUGCCAGGAAACCAAAAACAAUGGCCAGAAAUCGACUGAGAGAUAUUUCCUCUCCUAAUGAAUUAUCAACAUCUUUGGAAAAUGGACUUCGCCAAGUUUUAAAUAAUCAGAAUCCUGUGUUGAGUUCAAAAAUUAACGGGCAACUGGAAGAUGAGCAGUUGGAUGUCGAAAAUCUUGGAAGGAGGCCAUUCAGAGAGAAUCGGUCGAAGCCUUCGAGAACUGAUCUGACUCACGAAUGGAAGGAAGUGGCUCAUGUUUUGGACAGCCUCUUCUUCGUUAUCAUCUUUACAUCGAUGACUGCAUCAGCCAUGAUCAUCCUCCUGGUACCUGCCUAUAAACACGAUCCUGUCAUAUGAAGUUAUACGCUGCAGACAAAUUUAUAAACUAACUUGCCGCUCUAAAACUAAAAGAAUUGAUUAAUCACAAAUUUUAAUUUAUCAUGAAGCUGUUUUUGAAUAUUUUAAACACAUUUCAUCGAGUCAUUUAGGACCCUUUCUCAAAACGAUUGUCGAAGUUGUUUGUAUGUUUUCAAUAAAUCAACUUCUCGAA